AUGGAAAUCACUGCUGCUUUAGGCUCAAUUUUCUUCCACUAGUAUGGAAAGUUUUUAAAUCCAGCAUUGUGUGGGACUAAAUUCUCUUCUGCACUGUAAUCAGCCUGCUUUCAACUCUCUCUGCUUCUUCUCUCCAUUUGGGAUGCAGCAUUCCUGCCUCACCUCUGUGUGCAUGAAUAAUGUGCUCUCCCUCCACUGGUGUGUUUAAAGAGGCUGCUCCCAUCCAAAUGGGCAACACCACAGUUUUCAUUGGCAACAUAUCUUCUGCAAAGACAUAAGCAGUGCCUGGCAUGGAAAAUGUGGCAUACAGACUAAAUGUGACAUACAAUACGGACUAAGAUGCUGUGACCUUCAGAAGACUGGUUCUUCUGUUGUGUGACUUGUUUGAUGUUACCAUCUCUGGAGACUGUGUUUUCAGCAGUGACCAUGAAUUCACAGAUGCAUCACAUUCUGACUUUUUUAAUCAUUGGUGUUUUGCUUUCAAUCAUAGUUCUUCAGUAUAAAAUCUCGAAGGAAAACAUCCCAAGGAGGUACAACCAGUCAACCACCUCUUUCUUAGCAGAAACUUGCAAUGCUCUUAUUGAAGGAAAGACAACUCUUGUGCAUGGAAACAUGCUGAAGACCUCCUUUGGGAAAUCCAGCUGCAGGGAUUAUGUGACCCCAAAUCACUACAUUACCAGACCCCUCUCUGCAGAAGAAGCUGCAUUCCCUUUAGCCUACACUAUUACUCUGCACAAACAGUUCGAGACUUUCGAGAGGCUCUUCAGGGCUAUUUAUAUGCCCCAAAACACUUACUGUAUCCAUGUGGACAAAAAGGCCACAGAUGAGUUCAAGCAAAAGGUGGAGAAAUUACUGGGCUGCUUCCCCAACGCCUUCCUUGCCUCAGAAUCAGAGCUGGUGGUUUAUGCUGGGAUAUCCAGGCUUCAGGCUGAUUUGAACUGCAUGAAAGAUCUUGUGAAAUCUAUUGUGCCCUGGAAGUACCUUCUCAACACUUGUGGGCAAGAUUUCCCCUUGAAAACCAACAAGGAAAUUGUUAGGUACCUGAAAGGAUUGAAAGGGAAAAACAUCACUCCAGGGUCACUGCCUCCACCUCACAUUAUCAAAAGGACAAAAUAUAUCUACCGGGAGCAAGUGUACAGCCUCUUUUCUUUCAUGCUGCGGACGUUUGUGUGGAAGACACCUGCUCCACACAAACUGACCGUCUAUUUUGGCUCUGCUUAUGUUGCCCUGUCAAGGGAAUUUGCUGACUUCAUCCUCAAAGACCCGCGUGCCCUUGAUUUUCUGGAGUGGUCCAAAGACACCUACAGUCCUGAUGAACACUUUUGGGUAUCGCUCAAUAGGAUACCAGAACCCGGGGUCAUCCAUUGAGGCUAAGUGCUGGAAAAUUCAAGACAGGCAAAAAUUAUCUACUACGUCUUUCCAAAAUCUCUGGACAACUCCAUAACAUAUGGAAAAUGUCUGUGUAUGGACCCCCACACUUCAAACACCACACAUAACUCCUGUUACAUAUCUUAUUAAGUUUUUUGAGGAAAUAUACCAUUGAUAUAAAACUUUCAGAAUUUUUAAAAAUAUUAAUACAAAUAGCAUUCAUUGCUUGGCCACUGAAAAUGUUAUUCCACUCUUGUUCUGUUAUCUCUACCCCAAUAGGUUCACCCAUCUAAUUUUGAAGGACUCACUAUGUCAUAGUCUAACAGCAUAUGGUAAUUUGUUAGAGAAUUUUCCCCCCUUUGGUACAUUGUAGAGGCACAAA